AUGAAGCUGCUCAUAGUUGGCGGAACAGGAUUCGUCGCAACAGAACUAAUCCGACAGAGUCUAGCCAGCCGCGAAAUAACCUCCGUGGUAGCACUGGCGCGACGACCCGUCGAGGUGCCCCAGAAUCUAGGAGUCGAAGUAGACACAUCGAAGCUGAAGAGUGUGGUGAUCGAAGAUUUUACGAAAUACUCGGAAGAUGUGAAGGCUCAGCUGGACGGCGCGGACGCAUGUAUCUGGACACUCGCGGUCACGCCCAACAAGUCAAAGUCCCUGCCGUGGGAAGAGGUUGUCAAGGUGUGUCAUGACUACACCAUGACGGGACUCCAAGCCAUCGUUGAGGCGCGCGGCUCGGCCAAGUCAACACCCCUUCGCUUCUUGUAUAUGAGCGGGGAUUCGGCGGAACGCGAUCAGACGAAAACUCCCAGGCUCAUGGCCCAGUAUUGCUUGCUGCGGGGAGAAACCGAAAAUCAAGUCCUCGCGUUUGCGGCCUCUCAUCCCGGCCAGGUGGAAGUCACGGUCGCGAAGCCGGGACUCAUUCUGGAACCGGGCAACGUUCUCCAUUGGCUGAUGUCUUGGCUGUUGUGGGUUGUGGUUUCGGUGCCGAGUAUCACCGUGGUUGAGAUUGCGGCGGCGAUGUUGGACCAGGUGAUCAAUGGGUUCGAGAAGGAUCCGUUGAUGAAUGAGGAUCUCGUCAGGAUCGGGCAGAAGGCGUUGAGCGAGACCAAAACAUCAAGUUGA